AUUAUUCAUAACGACAGGAAACUAUGGAAUUUGAAGAGAUUAUCAAGCAUCUAGGUGAUUUUGGAACUUACCAGAAACGGUUAUAUUAUAUGCUAUGUAUAUCAUCUGUAUUUACGGCUAUACAAGUAUUGUUAACUGUAUUUACCUUUGGUAUACCUGAACACAGGUGUGCCGUUCCUGGUCUUGUUAACGACACAUUUCAGAAGAAUGAACUAAACGAUUCUUUGGGUGAAUUUGUAUAUGAAGAUAAAGUCUAUAAACAGUGCUCAAUUUAUUCCUUGUCUUCACAAAAUGUAACGACAUGUAAGAGAUGGGUCUAUGAUAAAUCUAUAUUUGAAUCUUCAAUAAUUACACAGAUUGAUAUAGUCUGUAAUGAAAAGAUUGCGAAAUCACACGCCCAAAUGUUAGUAAUGCUUGGACAAGUUGUGGGUUGUGCUAUUGUUGGACCAUUAUCAGAUAGAUUCGGCCGAAAGACAAUGCUGUGUUCUUUUCUGAUAAUAUUUAUAAUUUCUUCAAUAGCCGUAACUUGGACGCCUACCAUUCGUGUAGUAUUUGCUUUUUAUUUCUUCAUCGGAACCAGUAUUUCUGGAACAUUUACACCAGCUUUUGUUCUUGGUAUGGAAUUAGUCGGCCCAAAGUCCCGAGUAUGGGCUGGUAUGAUAACUGAGUUAUUCUGGUCUUUAGGAACAAUAAUAUUAGCAGGGGCUGCCUAUUGGAUCAGAAAUUGGCAAACUCUUCAACUAACAAUGUCCGUUCCUGGCAUUAUUCUUUUGUCUUAUUUCUGUCUUAUUACUGAGUCUCCCAGGUGGUUAAUAAGUAAGGGUAGAUAUAAAGAAGCUGAAAAGAUCAUUCAAAAAGCAGCUAAAGUUAAUAAAGUUGUUAUACCAUCAAGACUAUUGAGAAGAAGUCAGUCAAGAUUUAUAGAACCAAAAAAUGAAUCUGUAUUUAAAGUAUUUACUUCGCGGAUUCUUGUAAUCAGAACUGUCAUAGUUUAUAUAAAUUGGGCAGCCUGCAGUUUGACGUUUUAUGGCCUAACUCUGAAUGCUGGAAAUCUUAGUGGCAGUAUUCAUCUUAAUUUCUUCCUGUUAAAUAUCAUAGAAGUUCCAGCUUAUGUUAUAUGUAUAGUGUUGUUGGAUAGAAUUGGUAGAAGAAUUCUUCAUUGCUCGUCCUUGUUUCUCAGUGGAGCAUGUAUUACUUUGUCAAUAUUUACUGUAUUAUAUGCUGAUAAAUCUCUGGCAUGGAUAACAACUCUCCUAGCUGUUAUUGGAAAAAUGGGAAUAACUGCAGCAUUUGCCAUAAUGUGGAUUUAUACGACAGAAUUGUUUCCAACGCCUUUCCGUAAUUCAGCAGUUGGUACAAGUAGUUUGAUGGCCAGAAUAGCAGCAGCCAUUUCACCUUACAUAGCAAAUAUUGGAUUAAUAGUACCUGGAAAUGCAGGUAAAAUAACACCUAUGAUUAUAUUUGGAAUAACCUCAAUAAUAGCAGGUUUAUUGGCCUUACUGUUACCUGAAACUAAAGGUCGUCUUUUACCAGAAACAAUUGAAGAUGCUGAACAAUUUACAAAGUAA